AUGUCUGCAGUACAAGCGGGACUUGAUACGGCCGAGAUACUGGAAGCCAUCCUUUUGAAGCUCGACAACAAGACACUACUCCUCUUCCAGCGCGUGUCGAAGACGUUCAAGAAUGUUAUCGACGGCUCCAUUCACCUACAGCGAAAGCUCUUCUUCCAGCAAGCGGCCGCAGUGCCUCUCAUCCAAAGAGUCACACAGCAAGACGGGUGCUACAAUCCACUUCUAUCCAGCGGAUUGUGGGGUGACCGCACUCGCUCCAAAAGCUCCAUUCCUUGCGGUCACGAAAGAGGCUUCCGAAUCCUGAACGAUCGAAUCCCAGCAUACAGGUGGAAAAGCCGCCUCAUGAUGCUCAACCUCAAGAUUAAAAUCUUUCCGAAACGAUCCGACACGAGUGUUGGGAAGCGUGAGUCUGGAAACGAGAGCUGGCGCCGCAUGCACUUCUUCAAAGGGGGCUUCGGCGCUGACUAUGUCAAUGUUGAGUUCGUGGACGGGCAUGGGCGGACUCUGCGUUGGACUUUGGAGAUGGAGCUCCCUUUCGGCGGCUUGGCCGGUGAUCACAUCGAGCAGUUGAUCAAGAUGUCUCUGAGGUAUCCACAGCUUGCGUACCAAGAGGCAAGAUGA